UUAUACAUGUACUCAUUUGUGCGCUAACAAAACUGCGCAGAAUCAACAAAUAUUAUGUCACGUGAUGAAAAAUAAUACUCGAGUGGGAAUUAAAAUACGGGCAUUUCAUUGGUUCAUAUAUUAUACCACCACUAUAACACGGAGACAAAGAAUACAAGAUAUAACUUGCUCCGCUUGCUCCAAACCCGUCGAUUUUCGUAGCCAUUAGAAAGUCCUCGGAUGUUGUAAGCCUCGCGUCGUGCUUAUAAUUAUAAUUAUUAUUUUUUUUCCAUAAUAAUAAUAAUUGCAUUUAUUAUCAAUAAAAAAAAAAAACAAAAAAUUAUUUAAAAAUAUUUAAAAAAAUAGUAAAAUCAAUUAAAAAAAAAAAAUUUUAAUUUACUCAAAAAAGUCAGUUGAAUUUUUUUUUUAUUCUGGAGUAUUCCAUUUUCAAUUAUUUCACUCAAAAGUUGAUUGUUUGACUUUUUUUUUUUUUUAUUUGUGCAUCAAGUGUUAAGUGUGUUAUUCAAAAAUUAAUAAUUAAUAAAUGCAAAAAUAAAUAACUGCAUAUUUUAAGCAUUAGCCGUGAGAAAAAUAAAAAAACGUAAUUUUAUUUUUUUCCAAUUACUGGGCGACGCCAUUUUGAUAAAAACCGUGGCCAUUUGGAAAGUUUGAGUCCGUUGCGCAUCGUGACCCCUGGGCUAAAAGCAUAACAAUAAUAAAAUAAUAAUAAUAAAGGCAAACAACAACAACAACAACAACAACACAGGUUUUAAAUUAAAAUAGAAAAACAAAAAAAAAGAGAUCAUAAAAUUGCAAAUAAUUUAUAAAUUAAAGAAAAAUAAAAAAAAAAAAAAUUAAAUAAUAAUAAAAUAACAAUUGAUAAUCAACGGCAUCAUAAUGAGGCUAGAAAUAGUGUCAGCGGCUGAUUUUCUUGUUCAUUUAUUACGUUUACAAGCUGGUCAAUUGACUGAACGUCAACUUGAAUUAUUCAAAGCAUCAUUGAGUGAUGUAUUACGUAGACGUUAUCAUGAUCAUUGGUUUCCAGAUAAACCAAAUCGUGGUUCUGGCUAUCGUUGUAUACGUAUUAAUGGUAAAAUGGAUCCAGUUAUUGCACAAGCUGGUGCAAACGUUGGCUUAUUACCAGCAGUAUUACACCAUUUAUUUCCAUCAGAGCUUACAAUGUGGAUUGAUCCCGCUGAGGUAUCAUAUCGUAUUGGUGAAAAUGGUUCAAUAUGUGUACUCUAUGAAAGAACAGAACCAAUUGAUGAUGAAUUAACACAAAGACCAUCAUCAUCAUCAUCAUCAACAUCAUCAAAUUUUUCAAAUUCAUCAUCAAUGUCAUCUGGUGGAUCACCAUCACAUUUAACAACACAUCAACAUCAUCAACAACUACAACAACAACAACAACAACAACAAUUUGAAAGUUGUAAGGAUUCAUUGAUACUUGAACAUGCACAAUUUAAUGAGCAAAUUGCUGCAUUUGUAUCAAGUUGAAUGAUUUAUAGUUUUUAAUAAUAAUUUUAUUAUUACAACUAUUAAUUAAUCAAUCAACAAAUUUAUAAUAUUACCAUUACACAAUUUUAUGAUACUUGUGUUUCCUCGUGUUGUUUCGCCCAAAAUUAUUUCUUUAUUUAUAUUUUAUUAUAAAUCAUUAUUAUAUCAACAAUAUGAUAUGAUAAAAAUUGUAUUUUUUAAAAUGAUAAAUUGUGCAAAAAAUCGUACUAGUUAUUAUGCAUAUUUUUAAUUUUAAAAACAACAACAACAACAACAAAUUUAUUUAAAAAAUACAUUUGCCGUUAUCUUGAUAAUAUUGGCAUAAAUGUUUUUUUUUUUUUUUCAACUCAUUUUGACAAAGUGAGUGGGUAACAACUUGGUCGCCAUGUUGGACGCUUCUCGUUCAUUCGUCAUCACCCUCAACGAAAUUUAACAUCAAAAAAAAAAAUGCUGAGAACCAAGUCCGUCCACCUGACUCAUCUAUAAAGUUGAAAAAAAAAAAAAAAAAAACUACUACUUGGACAAAGGCAUCAUGCGAUCAACAUCAUUGAUUUCAACAUAAUAAUUAUUAAUCUACUGAUUCACCGGUUUUAAUGAUUUUUUUUUGUUUCUUUUCUUCCCAGUGAGAAGAGAUUUCGAUAUCACAUCGCGUUCAAGCUCCAUCAAAGAUCAAUUGAUUUUAAUAAUCAACAAAAAAAAACAUAUUGUCAUUUAAUUAUUGAUAAAUUAUCAAGUAGAAAUUUUAAUAAUUAAUAGUACACAUACACAUACACAAAUAAUAAUUAUUAUAAUAUAAAUAUUGUGCUGAAAAAAAUAACAAUUAUCACGUCGAUCGUACCACCGUCAUAUUAACAUCAAAUCGCUCUAAAUUUAAAAAAAUAUUAAAUAAUAAAAUACACUUCAAUGUGUAAAUGUAUAUAGACACAUAGUGUAUGUAGAUUGUCCUUGUGACGUUUUAUUGUAUAUUACAUCCUGUGAAACAGCUGUGAUUUUUCUUCGUAAAAAAAAUAUAAUGUUUAAAGCAAAAAAAAAAAAAAUAAUGAGUGAGUAAAAUUGAAGAGUACAUGAUGAUGUUUGAAUGAAGAUUUAUUUAUUAUUAAUUUUUUUAUGUAUGUCAAUUUGCGUCAUUUUUUUCAAGAUAAUAAAUUAAAACAUUGAUUGUUUUUGUUCUUGCGCUGAGAAUUAUAAUUAAUGUUAUCGAAAAAAAAAAAAUAUUGAUAACAUAAAUAUUGACCUCAGACACUUUGCAAUGCCAUUGAGAACGUACUUUUUUUAAAAAAAAACAAUUUUUAAUAAUUAAUGUUCCUCAAAUCUUGUCAUUUAAAUUCAAUAGUUUAUUUUUUUUUUUUUUUUAAUAAUUUUUUAUUAUCACUGCAAUUUUAUUAUAAUAGCUAUUUGUUUUAUUUCGACUGAUACAUUGAAUAAUUGUUGAUGAAUGAAUGCAAGUUUAAAUGAUAAUGGCAAAAUAUUAAAAUGGAAAUACCAUUACGUUCGCAGAUUAAUCGUUCCGAUUUAUUAAAAAGUCUAUUUAAUAAAUUUGAAAUUGAAAUUUAAAAAAAAAAAAAAGAGUAUUUAUUGGUCGUCGUUAUUCGGCGCUUGGACGAAGGCUCUGUGUACGUAGCAACUAGUUAAAACCACUGUGAUUAUCAUUAUAAGCGUAUAGAGAUAUAAUAAUAGAAUUUAAAAGAAAAAAUUAUGCGCGAAAAAAAGACAAUAUUUAAACAAAAUAUAAUGUUAAUCUCUGUACGUUAAAUCGCGUCUGAACAAAAAAGAAAAAAAAAAAAAAAAACAUCUCAACAAGAAUAUAUUUAAUGAUGUAUAUUUGUAAUUUAAAAAACAUUUAUAAAUAUAUAUUGUCAAACAUGAUGGUACAAUUGAGCACGUAUAUAGAAAUUUUAAGAACAAACAAAAAAUUAAUUAAUUAAUUCGUCCUAAUUUACGCCGGAUAUUUGUCGAUAGAAAAAAGUUUUAAAUACUACAACAAAAUUACGAUUAAAUUUUGUCAUUAAACAUUUUUUGUUUCAAUUACAAUUUUAUAUUAUUUUGAAUUUAUUAAUUUUUAUAAUUAAUUUAUAAAUCGAAAAAAAAAAAAAAAACAAAUUGUACUAAAUGAUGAUAUAUUUAUGUAAGCUUUAAGUAUUUUUUAUUUUUCUUUAUUUUCAUUAUAUUAUUGUUAUAAUUUCACAUAACAUAGAUUAUUAUUAAUCAUUUUAAAAAACAACAUGUACAAUUUAUUCAAAGUGACUAAAACUGAUAUAAUAUUUAUUAACAAAAAAAUAAAAAACGUGGCAUUUAUCUGCAAUUUAAAAAUAUAUAUUGUACUCUGGUAUAAUAAUUAAUUAUUCCACGAAUAAAUUGUAAUUAUCUAUAUAUAAAAACACAAAAAAAAACCAACAUACUCUUCACGAAAAAAUUGUAAUUAUAUACAUUGAGUCCUUCAGGAAGAAUUUGUACAAAAUAAAAAAAAAAAAAAAAAAUAUAAAGCUGGCUGAAAAAUAUUGGUCCAGCGAGUCUGUGAUUUUAGCUUGGUUAAUUCAGUAUUUUUUUAAAUAAAGAAAAAUAAAAAAAAGUUUAAAAUAUGAGAAAAAUAAUAAAAAAAUAAUAAAGAUAUAUAUAUAAAUGUAAUUUACAAAGAAGAAAAAUAAAAAAAUAAAAAAAAAAAAGGACAAAAUCGAAACGAUGUAAUGAAUAAUAACAAAAUUGCGAACGAAUAUUUGAGUGAAUGGAUGAGAGAAAUUAAUUGUGUUUGAGUGAUAAGUGACUUGAAUGAUAAUAUACAAAAAAAAAAAUGAAUAAAUAUAUAUUACUGACGAGGGAUUAUUAAUAAAGGGGUGUGAAAAACAAAACGUGAUAUUGUGACAAAUUUGGCGGGGUUAAUUUAACAACAAAUACACAACAACGAUAGUCGUGAUGUUUAUGUUGAUGAUAAUAUUGUUGAUGCAUUUCCAAAUAGCAAUCAUGUCAAUGGCAAUUCGUGAAUGCUAAACCCCAAUUUAAUUUUAAUACUUUUUUUUUUUUUUUCUAAUUUCUGAUCAUACUGAUCUUUUAAACGCGUGAUAUACAGUAAAUAUAUUUAUAAUUUUUUUUUUCUUCUUUCUUUUUGUAUAAUUUUUAUGUUUGUAUAAAAUUAUUUCUGCACAUGUUGCAUAAUUAUUUUAUAUUUCAUUCAAUUUGUAAAUUACUAUAUUUUUUUUAAUUAAAAAAAAAAUAAAAAAUAAAAAAAAAACAACAAAUAUUAUAAUUAUAAAUUCGUAAAGAAAUAAAAACAAAAAAAAAUUAUUUAAAAAAUAAUCUGGUCUUUGUAAAAUUUAAUUUUAUACUUUUGUUUUUUUUUUUUUUAUUUUUUUUAAAAAAAGGUGAUAUAUUGAAUUAUAUGACCAGGUGAUGAAAUAAUUAUUUUCUUUUAUUUUUUAAAUUAAAAAUCAUGAAUGUUUGAGAGAUGUGUGUCUGAUUAAAAGAAAAAAAAAUAAAAUAAAUCCAAGGUAGCUUUGUCGUUGAAGCAUAAUUUUUUCAUGUCAUUUUAAUUAUUAGAUGAUCCAAUUGAUUUCAAUGACAAAUUAAAAGAUAUAUUCAUAAUAAUUACAAAAAAAA